AUGACUUCAAGCAAGCAGGUCAUUUCGCGGGUAGCAGGUGCAUACGCCCUCCUGCUGUUUCUCGGGUCGAGGAAUCAGAUUGGCCGUACGCUCUGGAUCCUCUUAAACCUCCGCGACACAUUGUGCGCGCUCAAGGAAGUGUAUCCGAAUGGACGUCGUAUUGGAGUUGUCACACGCCGGCGGCGUCUUCGAGCAGCACUGGCGGGUUGGAUCGUUCUGGUGUCGGUGCAGCCGAUAACAAUGACGGCGGACACCCUUCUCGUCUGGAUCCCAUUCUACUCGUCCAUCAAGAUGCUCAUUAUGUUGGCUCUCAUCUACUGGAGGGUCGAGUCCUCAGCUUUGCUCUUCCAGGCUAUCGUGGUGCCUUUCGUGCGGCGGUAUGAGAGGCAAAUCGACCUCACCCUGCUGCUCAUCGGCUCCACGGCCCUGUUCUUCUUUCACUUUCUGAUUGAACUGCCUUACCAGGCGGUAGUUGCACUGGUCAAGCGGCCCGCGCUUUCCGCACCACGGACGCCGGCACGCCAACGUCCCGCUUGGACAGUCGCCUAUCCGGCAACGCCUUCCCCCUCCCACUCUGUGUCUCACACCGAGCCAGAGCCCCCUCUCCUCAAAGAGGCGCCGCAAGCGCUUACACUAACGAGUUCGCCACGAUCUCCCUCUCGCCGGCCACGCGGACCUCGCGAGCACAAGGCCGACUCUGCAACGAGUCAUCAACCACGCGCUGCCACUGUUAAGAGUGCAGCUCCCUCAAACAAGCCGGGCCGCGUUAAGGCUGCAGCUCUGUCUUUCGAUUCCUCCUCUACCCUUGCCUCCACCAGCGACCGUGAACGCCCUCGAUCAGCGCUGAGUGAGCGCUCAAAGAGAGCUGUGGCCCCGCCCCGAGUCGACGAUACAGUUCGACCGCUGAAGGCGGCGCGGCCCUCCGAGAAGGUUUCAGACAAGCGACUGGUGCGGCCCAUUCGUUCCGGCAAGGCCGAGGACCAGCGCGACGUUGCUCACUCAGUUAAAGUGCGCUCAGCUCUGAAGCAUCUUCCACCUGCACCCUCACAUGAUCCGCGGCAACCGAUCGCGGGCCCUUCCCGGUCCUCUAAUUCUCAGACCAUGCCUCCCCGUUCAAUGUCGCAGGCAGAACCGAAGCGACCCACGCGUGGGCAAAAACGUGCUCGACCGGACGAGGAAGAGUACGAAGAAAGCGACGCAUCCACGCACCGCUCCUCCCAUGCCAUGUCCACCAGGAACACGCCUCGCAAGGCUAAAGGUUCGAAGGCUGCGACCGCAUCCGGUCCAGCGAAGCGUGCAACUGCUCCGCGGCAGCCGGCUACGCGCACCCGCGUUGCCGCCACAACGACGAAAGGCGACACGCCACGCGUCAAGCGCGCACGCCCAGGCAAGAAGUGA